AGGCUAACCUGGCAUUCCCCAAUCUGGUGCCCUCCAGAUGCGCUAGGACUACAACUCCCGUGGGCCACGCUGGCUGGGGUGCAUGGGAGGUGUAGUCCCACCAGAUGGGGAGGUCUGUGCAAUCUCGCGGAAAGGGAACCGUGCUUAGAAUGGCAUCGAUUGAUUUUGAUGGACUUUCUCCCAGGUAGACCCAAACGCCAAAGGCAUCAGUGCCCGCACCCAUUGGUACCUCCCACCCGUGGCAUUCAGACAAGCAGGCAUUGGGAAUGGCGUGAAUGGUCAUGCAGGAGAACUAGAGGCUGAUGCCGGCGCAGAGGUCAUAAACGUUUAUUAGCAGCAACUUUUGGUUCCCAAAAACAACGCAGUUCACCAGCAGAAUCCAAGAUGCCGCACAUAGAUACCGACGUUAAGCUGGACUUCAAGGAUGUCCUUCUGAGGCCCAAACGGAGUACUCUCAAAUCCCGGAGUGAGGUGGAUCUCGUGAGGUCCUUCACCUUCCGCAACUCCAAGCAGACCUAUACCGGGAUACCCAUAAUUGCUGCCAACAUGGAUACUGUGGGGACCUUUGAGAUGGCCAAGGUUUUGUGCAAGUUCUCACUCUUCACUGCCAUCCACAAACACUGUACUCUGGAGAAAUGGAAGGAAUUUGCGGCCCAGAACCCAGAUUGCCUGCAGAGUGUGGCUGCCAGCACUGGCACUUCAGACUUGGGGCUCCUGGAGCAAAUCUUGGAGGGUGUGCCGCAGAUCCGCUAUAUCUGUCUGGAUGUGGCCAACGGUUACUCCGAACAUUUUGUCCAGUUCUUGAGGGACCUGCGGAAACGGUUUCCUGACCACACCAUCAUGGCUGGAAAUGUGGUGACGGGGGAAAUGGUGGAGGAGCUCAUUCUGUCGGGAGCUGACAUCAUCAAAGUGGGGAUCGGAUCAGGCUCCGUUUGCACCACCCGAAAGAAGACCGGGGUGGGCUACCCUCAGCUCAGCGCAGUCAUGGAGUGUGCAGACGCUGCCCACGGUCUCGGCGGGCACGUCAUCUCGGAUGGGGGCUGCAGCUGCCCGGGUGACGUGGCCAAGGCUUUUGGCGCUGGUGCAGACUUUGUGAUGGUGGGAGGGAUGCUGGCUGGACACACCGAAUCUGGGGGAGACCUCAUUGAGAAGGGGGGCAAGCAAUACAAGCUUUUCUACGGCAUGAGCUCCGAGGCAUCCAUGAAGAAAUACGCUGGAGGAGUGGCCGAAUAUCGGGCCUCUGAAGGCAAGGUGGUGGAGGUGCCCUUUAAGGGGGACGUGGAACACACCCUGAGGGACAUCCUGGGUGGCAUCCGCUCCACCUGCACGUAUGUGGGAGCCGCCAAGCUGAAGGAGCUCAGCCGCAGGACCACCUUCAUCCGUGUCACCCAGCAAGCGAAUCCCAUCUUUGGAGGGGCGGAUCAGGCUUGAGGGUCCCCCUGCUCCCUUCCCACCAGGCUGCCGCUUUGAGCCCCGCAUACCCGCCUACCUAAUCUCAAGCUCCAAGCCAGACAGAAACGGAUUUGAUUCCUCUGUGCCAGACAAGCCAGCAACUUCCUUCAGGACAGCCACACAGUUCCUCUCUCUCUGGUUCCGGCC